AUCUCCUACCCCAGACUUUCGUUUCAGACAGCUUUUCUACCGACAAUCCCCUCUUUCUCGCACCCUGCACCAAGCUCAAGGGUGAAAUGGGUAAACGGCGUCCCAUUCCCCGCUCAAGGAAAUCGAAAAACAACAGCAACAACAGGACGAAGGACAGCGCUACUGAAAGCCCACGCUCAGAGCCCUCUAAAGCGCAUACCUCGGCACUUGAAGAAAGUCUACCCACACCUGAAGCGGGAAAAUUUGAAAACCAGCCAGAACCAGAAUCUACCCCAGUUCUUGAGCCUGUCGUCCCCGAUAUUGAGGACACAGGAAUAGAGACUGACGACGAGAGCUCGGCUAGCUCGAUCGACUCUUGGUCUGCCCACCCUGUAUCAAAAGCUCUCCCAACAAAUAAUCGUUUCAGACCCUUAUCAAACACAGCAAAUACGCCUUUUCAUCUGAACGGGAUCUACCUUGCGUGUCUGUCACUAUUUGGACAACUAUAUCUAAUAGCGCUGGAUAUGGUCCUUGGUUUAUCAACUUGGUGGGGCGGUGUGCAAAAGAAUGAGCACGAACUGGCAGAGCAAGCGAAACCCGAGGUGAAAAGAAAAAGACGCAGGGCUGAGCCGUCUGCUGUCGUUCCCAGCGGGAGUAAGGAGCACUUCCCCGGGAUGGUCAAUCUCAGUGGGACAUUGUGCUACAUGAAUUCGGUCCUUCAAUCAACGGCAUCUCUAUCCUCCAUUAUCUCUCACCUCGAACGUGUCAUAGAUCUUGCUGUUGAAGCCGACAUGCCCACCCACGUCGCCGACGCUCUUCUGGAGGUUGUUCGUGACCUCAAUACUCCCCAUAAGAGCCACCCACCGGCUCUCCGACCUCAUGGACUCUUACAAGCUUUGUACCCUCUCCCAGCUGUUCGGCGCUUAUUAGGGACGGGGGAGCAGCAAGAUGCCCAUGAACUCUUUCUGGUGCUGGCGGAAGCGAUCUCGGAUGAGGUAGUCAAGGUUGCCAUUGAAAUUGCCAAGCUGCGUGGGUUGGGAGACCUGUUGCCUCUACAAGCUUAUGCGGCGGGGAAGGGCGGCGGUGCCAGUGUGCUGAGAGUAGAUGUGGAAGGCGCCAAAAAGAGGAACAAAAUCAGGGGAGUAGGUCAACCUUGGGAAGGGCUAUUGGCGAGACGGAGAGUCUGUCAAAGAUGCGGAUGGAGCGAGACUGUCAGAUUGGAGACGUUGAGUGGUAUGGAGCUUCCUGUGCCGCUGCAUGGUGAUACGACCCUGGAAGCGUGCAUCUCACAGUAUCUUGCCCCCGAACAGCUCACGGACGUCACCUGUGAGAUGUGCUCUCUGGAAGUCACAUUGCAACACUACGUAAUGGAAGUUGAACGACUCUCUAUACCUGCAAGUGAGGCGUCUCAGAAGCCUCGGUCAAAAGCCAAGCUUGACUCGAAGGGAGACGAACCAGUAAAGUCUGGUUCGUUUUCGGCAUUGGAAAACUCACCCACACCUACUGGGGGCGAGGCUCAAGAAAUGACGGCAAGUCGACGAAAGCGCGCGCGCGAUGCUCGCAGGGCAGAGACGCGAUUGCGUGAGAUGCUAGAGUCCAAGACUGUGAGCAACUUUGGCGAACCCAGUCUCGUCCCUCUCCCAUCCUCUGGCUCGACGGCGCCCAUCCCUGUUAAAUGGCUCACCGCCCGCACCUCCUCCACCCGCCAAGCGGUCGUGACUCGUCCGCCCCAGACUCUGCGCCUGCACUUCAUCAGGUCAGAAUUCACGAUGUAUGGGACUGUACAGAAGAAAAUUGCCAGGGUGGCUUUUCCGAUGGUUCUAGAUCUGACGCGCUUCGUCGCGAAUGGGGUGUGGGAGGACAUGAGUGGGGUCAAGAACAUGCUGGCAGCUAUGGGCGGACAAAAUGACCCGUCAGCCCCGGUAGAAAGAAGAGUCCUCUACAGGCUCGAGUCAGCUAUUCUCCACUAUGGCUUCACUCACUCUUCGGGUCACUUCGUCUGCAUACGCCGGAAGCCUUCCACCCCCUCAGCUACUGCCGAAGACCAUUCACUGCGUCCAUCAGUGGCCUCCAGAAGCUGCCCGGAAGGUUGCACCUGUGAAGACUGUAUACUUCUCGGGCCUGUGAGAGAUCCUCAGCCUAGUGGUCCGGGGAAGGGGUGGUUGAUGAUCAGCGAUGCGGAUGUUGAAGAAGUUGGUGAAGAAACUCUGAACGCGGCGAGGGGUUCGGUGGUAAUGCUGUUCUAUGAGCGUAUCGCCGAAUACUCGGGGCAAAAGACGUCUGUCAAAGAGAGAAAGACAGAGGAGGUCGGCGAGAAGACCAGGAUUGAUCAGAUGGAGCCCGAAGAAGAAACGCGGAUGGCUAUAUGAAAAGCAUAGAUAAGACA